AAUAGAAAAAGCAACAUCAUGCUCUUUCUAUUUAUCAAAUAACAGAACUCUCUCUCAGUCUCUGAGUUUUUUUCUUUUCUUUUUUUGCUCUGUUUUUCAGAUUCUUCUUCUUAAUCAAGCUUUGGAGCUCUGAUUCUAAGAAAUAUAGCAUAGCUUCCGAUACAAGAUUGAGAAAGGAAAGUUACGAGAAAGUCUCAGAAUCUCAGCUUUUAUGCUUGAGAUAUAGAUUGCCUUAUCUUCAUGCCUACUUGCUGAGCAAAAUUAGUUGAUAAUCUGAAGAGAUGACUAAGCAUCGGUUCAGGGAGUCUAUAAAGUCCUUCUUUGGGCAUCAUGUUGAUCCAGAAAAGGAUGAAGAGCUUAAAGGAAGUAAAAUAGAAAUUGAUGAAAAGGUGGCAACAAUAUUGAAGCUCAUUAACGAUGAAGAAGUUGAAGAAAAUGGAGUUCCAAUAGCUAACUCCAAGAAGGAACCACUUGUUCAGUUAAUCGAGGAUUUCCACAAACACUACCAAAACCUCUAUGCACACUAUGAUCAUCUCACAGGGGAGCUGAGGAAAAAAGCUCAUGGCAAAGGAGAAAAAGAUGCAUCCUCUUCAUCAAGCUCAGAUUCCGACUCUGAUGGUUAUUCAAAAGAUGGGGGCAGUAAAAAUGGGCACUUGGAAAGAGAACUUCAGGCAAUAGCAGAAGGCAUUAAACAAGAACUUGAAACAGCAAAUUUGGAAAUUGCUGAUCUUAAGCAGAAGCUGACAGAUACAAUAGAAGAAAAAGAUGCAUUGAAUUCAGAUUAUCUUGCUUCUUUAAGCAAGGUGCGAGAAGCAGAGAAAAUCAUCACAAAUCUGAUGCUUGACUCUGAAAGAUCAGAGAGUGAAAAAUCAAAACUUGUGGCUGAGAAUGAAGAGCUGAGGCAUAAGCUGGAUGCUGCGGCUAAGAUGGAAGCCGAGUUGAACCAAAGGUCCGAGGAGCUGUAUCGAGAAAACAAUAACUUAAUUCUAGAGAAAGAAACUGCUGUUAAAAGAAUUGAAGAUGGUGAGAAGUUUACAGAAGAUCUUAGAAGAGAAGUUAGUUUGCUGAAGGAGGAAAAUAUAAGUUUAAAGCAAGAGCUAGACACUGUUAGGGGGGAAGUUUCCGAUAUGCAGCAAAAGCUGGAAUCUUCAGAACAGCGAGUUUCAGAAUUGAGCCGCAGUCUUAAUGCUACAGUGGAAGAGAAUAACUCCCUGAACUUGAAGCUUUCUGAGGUUUCAAAUGAGAUUCAGCUGGCCCAGGGCACCAUACAACAACUCAUGGUUGAAAUGAGUCAGUCAAAAGAGGAACUGGGUGAAAAAGAAAGGGAACUUUUGACGCUCCAAGAGUUGCAUGAGGUGCAUAGGAAUCAAUCAUCUGCCCAGUUAAAAGAAUUAGAGGCACAAGUGACAAGCUUGGAACUCGAGUUGGAACAAUUGCGAGCAACAAAUAGAGAACAUGUGCUGCAGAUAGAGAACAAAGCAAGUGAAGUAAAACGGCUGGGAGAGGUAAAUAUAGGACUGCAAUCCCAAAUUUCAGAACUUGAGAUGAUGUCAAAAAAGAGAGAAGAAGAACUUUUGACUCUCGCAAAGAAAUUUGAGGAUAAUGAGAAAGAAUCAUUGUCUAGAGUGGAGAAUCUUAUAGUGCAGAUCAACAAUCUGCUAGCAGACAUGGAGUCACUACGCACCCAGAAAGCUCAGUUGGAAGAGCAUAUUGCAGUAAAAGAUGAUGAAGCAUCGACUCAAGUCAAGAGCUUGAUGGAUCAGAUAAAUAAUUUGCAGCAGGAGCUGGAGUCCUUGCAGAGUCAGAAAGCAGAACUUGAAGUUCAACUUGAGAGUAAAACUCGAGCUAUUUCCGAUCAUGUGAUUAAGAUAGAAAAUGCAAAAGAAGAGAUAGCAAGCAAGACCGAGGAUCAACAAAGAGUUCUGCAGGAGAAAGAGGGUUUGCUGGCACAAAUGAAGGAACUAGAAUUUGAUGUCAAUUCUUUAAAGAAUCAGAAAGGUGAGUUGGAAGAGGAUUUGCGAACUAAAAUCAAAGAGAAUGGUCAGCUGAGGGAGGAAAGUUUAGGACUGCGAUCCCAAAUUUCAGAACUCGAGAUGAUAUCAAAACAGAGACAAGAAGAACUUUUGGCGCUCACAAAGAAGUUUGAGGACAACGAGAAAGAAUCGCUAUCUAGAGUGGAGAAUUUGACAGUGCAGAUCAACAAUUUGCUAGCAGACAUGGAGUCCCUACGCACCCAGAAAGCUCAGUUGGAAGAACAUAUUGUAGUGAAAGGCGAUGAAGCAUCAACUCAGGUCAGGGGCUUGAUGGAUCAGAUAAAUACUUUGCAGCAGGAGCUGGAGUCCCUGCAUAGCCAGAAAGCAGAACUGGAAGUUCAGCUUGAGAGAAAAACUCAAGCUAUUUCCAAUCAUGUGAUUGAGAUAGAGAAGGCAAAAGAAGAGAUAGUAAGCAGGACCGAAGAUCAACAGAGAGUUCUGCAGGAGAAAGAGGGUUUGUUGGCACAAAUGAAGGAACUAGAAUUGGAGUUCAUUUCUCUAAAGAACCAGAAAGGUGAACUGGAAGAGGACCUGAUAACUAAAAUCGAAGAGAAUGGUCAGCUGCGGGAGGAAAAUAUGGGACUGCAAUAUCAAAUUUCAGAACUCGAGAGGGUAUUAAAGACGAGACAAGAAGAAUUUUUUACUCUCACAAAGAAGUUUGAGGAUAAUGAGACAGAAUCAUUAUCUAGAGUGGAGAAUUUGACAGUGCAGAUUAACAAUCUGCUAGGAGACAUGGAGUCGCUGCGGACUGAGAAAGCUCAGUUGGAAGAACAUAUUGUAGUUAAAGGCGAUGAAGCAUCGAACCAAGUCAAGAGCUUGAUGGAUGAAAUAAAUACAUUGCAGCAGAAACUGGAAUCCAUGCAUAGCCAGAAAGCUGAAGUUGAAGUUCAGCUUGAGAGAAAAACUCAAGCUAUUUCAGAUCAUAUGAUUGAGAUAGAAAAGGCAAAAGAAGAGAUAGUAAGCAAGACUGAGGAUCAACAGAGAGUUCUACAGGAGAAAGAGGGUUUGUUGGCACAAAUGAAGGAACUAGAAUUGGAGGUCAUUUCUCUAAAGAACCAGAAAGGUGAACUGGAAGAGGACUUGAGAACUAAAAUCAAAGAGAAUGGUCAAUUGAGGGAGGAAAUAGUGAGUUUACAGGGUCAAACCAUUGAAUUAGAGAAAACGUUGGCAGAAAGAGGGCUCGAGUUCAAUGCUCUCCAGGAAAAGCAUGCCAGCUUGGAGAAUGAAACUUCCUCCCAAUUAACAGCCCUAGUGGCACAGGUCAACGAUUUGCAGCAGCAGUUGGAUUCAAUACAGACCCAGAGAAAUGAACUGGAGUUGCAGCUUGAGAGAGUGAAAACUGAGUUUGAGCACGAGAAAUCCGAACUAGAAAGCCAAAUUAGCAAUCAGCAGAGAAUGCUAACAGAACAGGGGGAGGCAUAUAAGAAGUUGGGCGAGGAAUACAAAGAGGUUGAAGGCUUAUACCAAGAGUGCAAGGCAAGUCUUGAAAUUGCUGAAAGGAAGACAGAAGAAAUGUCUGAAGAAUUCUGUACAAACCUUGAAUCUAAAAGUCAGAUAGCAGCUGAUCUGAAGCAAAUGGUUGAGCACCUUCAAAGAGAUUUGGAAGCAAAGGUAGAUGAGAAAAAUGACCUCGUAAACCAGAUCACGGAUCAUCAGAGAAUGCUAAAAGAACAAGAAGAUGCAUUUAACAAGCUAAGCAAUGAAUACAAACAACUUGAAACUUCAUUUCAGGAGUGCAAGGCAAUUAUCGAAAUCACAGAAUGGAAGAUGCAAGAAAUGGCAGGAGAGCACAAUACGAACAUUCAAUCCAAGGAUGAAAUUGUUGCUGGGUUGGAGGAAACUAUUGAAGACUUGAAAAGAGAUAUAGAAAUUAAAGGAGAUGAACUCAGUACUUUGGUUGAGAAUGUCCGAACAAUUGAAGUUAAGCUCCGGUUAUCAAACCAAAAACUUAGAGUCACAGAACAGUUACUAACUAAGAACGAAGAAAGCUACAGAAAUGCAGAAGCAAAGUACCUGGAAGAACAAAGACUGCUUGAAGAAAGGAUCUCAGCAUUAUCUGGAAUAAUUGCUGCCAACAACGAAGCCUAUUGCAAGAUGAUCACUGAUAUCUCCGAGAAUGUGAAUAUUACCUUGACUGGAUUUGAAGCAGUCAUCCAGAAAUUUGAAGAGAAGUGUAGAAGCUACAAGGAAUGCAUUGAAGAAACAUCGAAAGAGCUAAGGAUUGCAAAACAUUGGGCUGAAGAGACAAAAAGCGAAAAGAAGCGACUAAGAAAUGAAGUGACGAACUUGAUUGAGCAGCUGAACUAUCAGAAAGAACAAGAAUCUACUCAGCGAGAACAAGUGGAGAAGCUACGGAUUAAGGCAAACAAGGAAGAAGUGGAGAAGGAGAAUCUGCUAAAAGCUAUGAAUCAGCUGGAGAAGAAGAUGGAAGUCUUGGAGACAGCAAUGAAAGAGAAAGAUCAAGGCAUACUCGGACUAGGAGAGGAGAAGAGAGAAGUCAUUAGGCAGCUGUGCUUGUGGAUCGAUUAUCACCGCAGCCGCUGCGAUGAUCUAAAGGAAAUAAUCUCGAAAAGUGUCAGAGUCCAGAGGGCAGCCUAGAGGAAUUCCCUGUUAUUUAUAAUUCGAUUAUGUUCAUCGGGGUUUUGCAUUUAUGGAUUAUUUUUCAUUAUUUCAUUGUUUUUUUCUUAAUAAACAUUCUCAGGUAAUGUUUAGUCAGCUUGUGUUUCGUAAAAACUUGUUUGCCUGUAAAGAUAAAUUUGCAGUAAAAACAGUUUAUUAGCAAAAA